GUAGCCGAGGCGUUGCGAGGGGAGCGCUUGGCGGUAGUCAUCCUACCUGCGGACAUGCACAGCGCCCUGAAGUUUUUCAAGGUGCGGUAGUCGUGAACUGGACGAACGGGCUCGGUGAGCGCCCAUACCAGCUGUUUCUGCACUCGCAAGGAGCCACAGAUCCUUUGGCGAUUGCGCCAUUGCUCGACUUUGCACGUCGCUUUCUGCGAGGUGAAGUGCCGCGAUGGCAGCGUUCUGCAGCGAUCGUAGCGGACCCGAGGCAGCAUGAUGCUCGCCUGGGCGCUUUGGAGAUUGUCGCCUCGCAGUUUGGCGAGUUGGCCCUCGACGACGGCAAAGAUGUCCUGGUGAUGUUCUUUGCACCCUGGUGCGGAUUCUCCAAGCGGAUGUCACCACGCGUGGAUGAGCUGGCACGCCACUUUAGCCACGCCAGAAGGCUGAGAAUACUGAAGAUCGACGACACGCAGAAUGACGUCGACCAUCCAGUCCUCAAGCAGAUGACUGGUUACCCCUUCCUGGCCUUCUUUCCUGCGGGCAAGAAGAUCGAUGCAGCACCCGUGCGG